UAUAAAAUGAAAAAGAAUGGGUAAGAGAGGAGAGAGAGAGGGGAAGAUGGAGGGUUUGGAGAUGGGAGAGCUGAUUCACUUAUUGACGACGGUGUUCGUGUCGGGCUUCGCCGGAUUCCUGACGACUCCGGCGAUUACUGACGUCACCGUCGCCGCACUUUGCUCCCCCGGCGCCGACGAGUGCUCUCUCGCCGUCUACCUCUCCGGCUUCCAACAAGCGGCGAUAGGGUUGGGGACAAUGGUAAUGAUGCCGGUGAUGGGAAAUUUAUCGGAUAAAUAUGGGAUUAAAGCUUUGCUCACUCUUCCUAUGGCUCUCUCCAUCAUCCCUCCCGCAAUAUUAGGAUACAAAAGGGACAGAGAUUUCUUCUACGCGUAUUACAUAAGUCGAACUCUGACUGCGAUGGUCUGCGAAGGCACCGUCGACUGUCUCGCCUACGCCUACGUGGCAGAAAAUAUUUCAGAGAUAAAGAGAAUAUCAGCGUUUAGCGUUUUAGCCGGCGUUAAAACGAUCUCCAGCGUUUGCGGCACGUUGGCCGCCCGUUUUCUCUCCAUCGCUUCCACGUUUCAGAUCGCGGCUGUAUCAUGGCUAAUCGGUUUGGUCUAUAUGAGAGUUUUCCUAAAAGAGCGACUACAUGAUCAUGGUGAUGAUGACGAUGAUGGUCAUCAUCAUCAUCAUGGUGAGCAUCAUGGAGAAGAUCAUCCUUUAGCAGAGCCUAUUCUAAAGGAUACACCCGCCGCCAAGGCACGUGUCUUCAAUAAGAACUCAUCGUUGAAGGACAUCAUCAGCUUGAUGAAGACCAGCACCGUAUUCGUACAAGCAUUGGUUGUAACAUUCUUCAGCAGUUUUUCAGACAGUGGAAUGCAGUCUGCCUUUCUGUAUUUUCUCAAAGCCCGCUUCGGAUUCAACAAAGAUCAGUUUGCUGAUCUCAUGCUGCUGGUCAGCAUCAUCGGCUCCAUCACUCAGCUAUUUCUACUGUCGAUUUUGGCUUCUGCAAUGGGAGAACGUAGGUUGCUUUCACUUGGGCUUCUUAUGGAAGUAGUAAAUACUGCCAUUGUCAGCGUUUCUUGGUCUGCAUGGGUUCCGUAUCUCACAACGGUAUUUGCUCCGGGCGCCAUGAUCGUGAUGCCCUCUGUUUGUAAUAUCGCCUCCAAGCAAGUAGGACCUGGUGAUCAGGGAAAGGCUCAAGGAUGCAUCUCUGGAGUCAAAUCCUUCGGAAAGGUCAUCGCCCCAUUUGUGUUCAGCCCAGUUACCGCAUUGUUCCUCUCAGAUGAUCCACCAUUCUACUUCCCUGGGUUCAGUCUCCUCUGCAUCUCCUUAUCCUCGAUGAUCGGUUUCAUUCAGAGUCUGGUGAUAAAAGAUGAUCCUCCUCCGUCGUCGAACCAGACGAUCAACCCUAGUUCAGAGGAGGAGGGCGUAAAUUCAACAUACAGAUGAUGAAAAACAGGGGUUACACACGCAUGUUUACGUAGAUGAAAUUUCAAAAUGAAACAUCUCUUGUAUCAUUUCUGGUUCCGACAUUAUCGAGUCUGGUUGUUUUGAUGUGGAAGACCGGACAGAACAUAUAUAGACCUUCUUUGCAGUGUCUAAUUAUACGUAUUUACGUACA